CGAACAAGCAGAGACCCGGAGAUUUUGUGUUUUGUGUAUCGUUACCAGCGCGAGUCACACACCCGGAGGUUCCUUACCACGGUUCGGAACUGAUCAAGCGGGUGCCGGUAACACUGGGGGCUCGUCCGGGAUUCUUUUUUUUGUGAACUCUGCUCGCCAACGAAGUGACCGACCGUGGAAGAAUGCAGACGACGGACGUGGCGGAGCUGAUUAGCAGUUUGAGCGCAAGCAAUCCCUUCCUGCCGGAUAUUUUGGAGGUAAAUGGUCCGUCUAUGGGUUGUCGCGCGAAGCGAAAGGAUUAUCCAACGGGCGGCGAUAACAACCUAACAUCGGGCCCUGACACUGAAGAGCUAAAGUUGCUAACAGACGAGGGCGCGGCCUGUUCGUGGACGCCGGAACCUGUCGCCGAAUGGAUGUUAACCCCGCCGUCGACCCACCUUUCGAGAACAUUUACAGCCGUAGCAGAUGACCAGUGCACCGACAUAAACGGCUCUGUUCAAAGUUCUUCGCAAAAACCGGUGUACAAAUCAGAGACAAUGCGCUCCAUUAAUCACCAUGAGAUCGGUGUUUCGCCCCGCUACUGGACUGCUAGCACUCCCACCUUCUCCCCUGUUGCAAUGCAGGCUAGGCACCCACACGUGAGCAUCAGAGACACGGCGAGGGGCUGUAAAAGUGACGGAUGCGCAAUAGGUGGUACUCGGGAAGAUCGUGCUGCUCAGGCCCAGCGUGUCCACCAUGAGCCGAUUAGACCGCCACGUGCCUGCACUGUGCUCAACCAAUGCGGUGAUUUAAGGGAUUGCAGCGAUGAAGAGUUUCGCCUCCAUCGAGAAAGGAUCCCUACUCUACAGCCGGACAAGUUUGACGGUACUGGUGCUUGGAGAGAUUUUCUGUAUCAAUUUGAGAGUUGUGCCCGUGCUAAUCUCUGGUCGGAAGAGACCAUGACUGUUCAAUUGAGGUUCAGUUUGACAGGAGCAGCGGGUGCUAUAGUCCACAAGAACCCUAGGUCCAGCCGGUGGAAUUAUAAACAACUGAUAGACGAGAUGGAGGCUGCCUAUGGACCUGGAUCAGAACAUGCUGCUGCAACAGGAAUCGAGCUGAGACAGAGGGUGAGGAAAGCAGGAGAGAUGCUGCACACCUUGAGAGACGACAUCUACGAGAAGGUAGCCAUUGUUUACGCUGACCGCUCAGAGAGAGAGCAAGAUGCAAUAAGUGUGGAAAUAUUCACUAAUGCACUGGGGGAUCCAGAAAUUGUGCAAAAACUGCUGGAAUACAGACCUCGCAGCUUAGCUUGUGCCUAUGAAAUAGCUCACCGGUUCGAGUCAACAAGAAGAGCAGCUCAUGCAGUCACGCAGUUAAUGAGAUCAAACAUUCACCACUCUGUGGAACGAAGGACGAGAACAGCUAUGGUCCGAGAUGAAGUCAACCCUAUUGUCAGUGAAAAUGUUCUUCCAGUUAAUUCAUCAAACCAAGUGGACUGGUCUCAGAGGCCGAUCAAACAGGGACAAAUCAGACGCAAACAGGGCCCAAGAAGAAGAAAUAUGAGGGAAAUGAUCUGUCACAAUUGUUCCGGUUCAGGACACUCUUACAAGAACUGCCCUUCCCCCCGUCGUUUCCAAUCAGCUGACGGAAGUUCAUAUGCACCUGUUCCAGAUGGGAAUAAUGUUAUUGUCCAAGCUCCACGCCAAAACGAGGAGGUGUGUGUCAAUAUAUGGGUGUAUGGCAAAGAAAUAUGUGCACUUCUUGACACUGGCGCCCGUAGGAAUGUGUUUCCCUUGGUCUGCUACAACAGUAUCUCUAAUGAACACCAGCCCCCCAUAGAACCAUCAGUCGCUCAAAUCUUGCAUGGAAUUUGUCCUGGUGGAUUGCCAGUGUUGGGGGAAAUCAUCAUCCCUGUUGUGGUUGGACGUCGAACGGUCGAUGUUAGUUUCGUGGUGGCGGAUACGGUUGACUGCAAGGAAGUGAUUCUGGGGGACCCGUUCCUUCAACAGGCACAAGCACAACUGGAUUUCGGACGAAGGGAGAUAACUCUUUUUGGGGAAAAGGUGCCACGCCACGCCGUUGGUCAAGUGGAGACGCGCGUUGUUCGAGUGGCCAGAAGCAUAACCUUAGAGCCAGGUUGUGAGUAUGUGUUGAGAGGGUACACUCCACGCCCCAAGAGAACUUGUGAGCAAACCCUUUUGCUCAGCCCUACUAAAUCUUUUGUGGAGAAACACCAUGUUCUUGUGGCUCCGACUGUGCUGAAAGGUCAGCGGCCUACAACCAUCCCGGUCCGAGUAUUUAACAUCUGUUCCAUCCCAGUGACGGUGAAGAAAGGAACUGUGGCCGGCGUUUUACAGGCUGCUGAGGUCGUGGAGGAAUCUGCAUUAGUGCCAUCUGAGGUAACCACUCCAACCAUAACAGAUUCCCUGUCUUCUCCAGUUCCAGAUCACUUGAAAGAACUGUAUGUAGAAAGUUGUGCUGGUCUGCCUCAGGUCAACCACGGGGCGUUGGCCGAGUUACUGUCCUCUUUUGCCGACGUCUUCUCAGCAAGUCCCACAGAUCUUGGACGCACCAAUCUGGUGAAGCAUGACAUUCUGACAACACCUGGUCCACCUGUGAAACUACCUCCGAGAAGAAUGGGCAGAGAUAAACAAGCUGCAGCUGACGAGCAGGGUGUUGCUACAGACCCGGUGAAAGUUGACAAAGUGAAGAACUGGCCAACGCCACGGAGUGUCAUGGAGACCCAGUUGCAAUGCCAUCAGCUCCAUCAUAAGGAAGUGCAAUGUGACCUGGUUAAACCUGCAGACGUAGGGCGACCUCUAGUGGGGGUAAUGAGUGGUGUGUCCAACAGCGAAUCCCAUCCCAUGGUCCACAGACUGAGUGAUGUACCUCCGUCCAUUUCGUUUGGUGGUUGGACUCAAGAGCAACUGAAAAUGGCACAGAAGACUGACCCGGAUAUUGCACCCAUUUAUAAAUCUUUAGAAGAAGGAGGGAGCAGACCAGCCUGGGUAGAAAUGGCCGCUUUCAGUCCAGCCACAAAGACAUAUUGGGCUCAGUGGCAGCGCCUCUAUAUCAGGGAUGGCGUCAUUUUACGGAAAUUCUACCACCCAGAUGGAGAUCGUUUUUACUCCCAAAUCUUGUUGCCACGGGAGUACCGUAAUGCAGUUCUGGAACAGGUGCACGAUGGGCCAGUGGGGGGCCAUUUUGGUGUAGAACGGACUUUGGCUCGUUUGAAAAACCGAUACUUCUGGUACAACAUGAAAGAGGAUGUCAACCUGUGGUGUCGCACCUGCACUAACUGUGCGGCCAGAGCUCGGCCGCGGAAGACUCCUCAAGCGCCCAUGGGAAGUGUGAAGGUUGGGGCACCCAUGGAAAGGAUUGCAGUGGAUGUUAUGGGCCCCCUCAACGAAACUGAGAGACAUAAUCGUUAUGUCCUUGUGGUGCAGGACUAUUUUACUAAAUGGGCCGAAGCGUACCCAAUCCCAGAUGAGCAGGCUGUGACUGUGGCUGACAAGAUUGCAUCAGAGUGGGUGAGUAGAUAUGGGGCUCCUCAUUCCUUACAUAGCGAUCAAGGAACAAAUUUCGAAUCGGCUGUGUUUAAGGGAAUGUGUGAGAUUUUGGGUGUUGACAAGACGCACACCACACCCUUUCAUCCUCAGUCCGAUGGCCAAGUUGAGCGUCUGAAUGCCACUGUGCAGAAAAUCCUGGCUGCCACUGCAGAGAGAUGCCACUGGGACUGGGAUUUGAUGCUCCCGUUCGCUGUAAUGGCUUACCGCUCAACCAAACACAGCUCCACGGGGUUGUCCCCAAACAUGAUGUUAUACGGUCGAGAGAUAACUGAGCCAGUGGACUUAGUUGCCGGGUUGCCACCAGACUCUACACCUGCCAAAACCCCCCCGCAGUAUGUCCAAGAGCUCAGAGAAAGGUUGGAGCUCUCCCAUCAGCUGGCGCGAGAGGCGUUAGGAAGGUCGGCGGAGCGAGCCAAGCGACAAUACGAUAAGAACAUUUGUCGGGUUAAGUUUCAGGUGGGGGAGGCUGUGUGGCUACUUGUUAAAGGAACACAGCCUUGUCGUGGCAGAGUGCAGAAGUUCCUACCAGCUUAUGAAGGCCCUUUCUUUGUGGUGGGCUCCUUGGACGACAUGGUGUAUCGCAUUCAACGGAGCCAGAGAGCAAAGGUCAAAGUGUUCAGACACAUGGGCGCCAGUGGAGGUACCACCACCACCUACAGAGACGAUAUCAGACAUGGACGUCACCCCCCUAAACCUGUGGGACAGUCCUGCCAGCGGGGACCACGAUACUUCAUCGGCCCUUCCAGCUUCCACUGA